AUGUAUACAGACACCAACUCACUCAUGGCAAGCUACCUAUCUGAUGGCCAUGGACGCGCCCCCGCCCCGGAAGACGAGCAUGCCGUGGUUGCCCCUGACCAUGCCCUCCCCGGCGGGCCCGCCGGCCCUGCCCUUGCCGGUGCCGAAGCCGAGGUCCCGGAUCCGCCCCGUGCCGAUGUCGAACAGGCACCCGUGCACCUCGAGCCCGCGGUCCCGCACCGCCUCCUGCACGACGGCGUUGGCCAUGAGCGUCGCGACCCCCUGCUGCACGUUGAGCUCGGCCACGCGCACGGCGCGCCGCCCUUCGUCGCCGAUGGCCCGCAGCUCCUCGUCGUGGGCCGCGCGCACGGCGCGCAGCGGGGUCAGCCAGGUGUCCAGGACGCCGCCGACGCGGGACCCGGCCAGCGCGGCCAGGGCGCCGCCGCACGACGAGUGGCCGCAGAGCACGACGUGGCGGACCUUGAGGUGCACGACGGCGAACUCGAUCACCGCCGACGUGUUGAUGUCGGUCGGGCUGACGAUGUUGGCGAUGUUGCGGUGCACAAACACGUCGCCCGGCUGCAGGCCCAGGAUCGUCGUCUCGGGGCAGCGCGAGUCCGAGCAGCCCAGCCAGACUGGCGGUGUAAAAAAGGAGAAUUAGCAAGUGCCGGAAUAGCCGCACAGAAAUAG